CGAAGUCUCAUUUGUGGGUCGCGAAACAUGCGAAGUGUGACAAGUGUUUCUCAUCAGCUCCUGAACCGAUCGUCCGCACUCUUUGCCAACCCUCCUCACUCUCUCACUGCACAUUUACGUUUCUGCAAUCUCUCUCUCGACAACAUCUCCAAGAAAUUUCUCUCUCUUCGAAGAUUUGCGAUCAUGGCCAACAGUAGUGAUGAAUUCGUCAAGGGAAAUGUCCAUCCAAACGGUGUCGCUGUCAUCACUCUCGAUCGCCCCAAAGCUCUCAACGCCAUGAACAUAGAUAUGGACAUAAAAUACAAGAGUUUUCUUGAACAAUGGGAAGUGGAUCCAAAGGUGAAAUGUGUUCUGGUUGAGGGUUGUUCACCACGUGCCUUUUCAGCAGGGAUGGAUAUUAAAGGGGUUGUUGCUGAGAUUCAAAAGGACAAAAGUGGUGAUGUGAAGCAGAUCACAACCAAAACCCAACUAUCAGAUAUGAUUGAGGUAUUUACUGCAGAAUAUUCUCUAAUUUGUAAAAUUUCUGAGUACAAAAAGCCAUAUAUAUGCUUCAUGGAUGGCAUAACAAUGGGCUUUGGAAUUGGCUUAUCUGGUCAUGGUCGUUACCGACUCAUCACCGAGAAAAGUCUUCUUGCUAUGCCAGAAAAUGGAAUUGGUUUGUUCCCAGAUGUUGGGUUUUCUUAUAUAGCAGCACAAACUCCAGGAGAAGGAUCAGUUGGUGCUUAUCUUGGAAUGACUGGAAAAAGGAUCUCAACACCUGCUGAUGCACUAUAUGUAGGUCUUGGGACACACUAUGUGCCAUCUGGGAACUUGGGCUCGUUGAAGGAGGCUCUCUUGGCAGCCACCUUUUCUGAGGAUCCACAUCAGAAUAUCAGCUCUCUUUUGGCGAAAUAUAGCAGCGACCCUGAAUCUGAGCCUCAAUUGAAGCUGCUUUUACCCCAGAUAGUUUCGUCCUUUGGGGCAAAUAUGCCUGUUAUUGAAACAAUAGAAGAGCUGAAAAAGCAUGAGCAGAGUACUGAUCCUAAAGUGGUAGAGUGGGCUAAGGAAGCCCUUACAGGGCUUGGAAAAGGUGCUCCGUUUUCUCUUUGUCUAACACAAAAGUAUUUCUCCAGAGUUGCAUCAGCACGUGGAAAAAACAAUGAUCUAUCCAAUUUAAGUGGAGUGAUGAAGACUGAAUAUCGCAUUGCGAUAAGGUCGUCUCUUCGAAAUGAUUUCACUGAAGGUGUUAGGGCAGUCUUGGUGGACAAGGAUCAGAACCCAAAGUGGAAUCCAUCAAAGCUGGAGGAAGUUAACCCAAGCGAGGUGGAAGCUCUCUUUGAACCUCUGAAACCAGAAACUGAGGAAUUGAAAGUUUGAGCUUCACUUGCCAAUUUGUCCUAGCCUCUUUUUUGCGAGGCCAUUGACGCGUAUCAAAUUUUUAUAUUUCGCCUCGGUGCCAUGAUGGUCUUUCUACAUCUUGGGAUCCCGACAAUCUAUGCUUUCUAGCCUUUCCUGGAAUAAUUAGUGGUUUUCUCAUCCUUGAACUGCAUGUUCUGUUUAAUUUCUUAUUUAAUGAGGACAUUAAUAAAUUGCAACCUUUUGGUUUGUGUAUAGGUGUACAUGUUUAGAAGCUUGUGUGGUAUGACCCUUUCCAUGUUGACUAUGA